AUGGAAUCUGGCUUCACCUCCAAGGAUGCUUAUCUGAGCCAUUUUAACCCUCAGGAUUACCUAGAAAAAUAUUACAACUUUGGGGCCAAACACUCCGCAGAAGACCAGAUUCUUAGGCAUCUUCUGAAAAUCCUUUUCAAGAUAUUUUGCCUAGAUGGUGUGAAGGGGGACCUCCUGAUUGACAUCGGCUCUGGCCCCACCAUCUAUCAGCUCCUCUCUGCUUGUGAGUCUUUCAAGGAGAUCAUUGCCACCGACUACACGGACCAGAACCUGCAGGAGCUGGAGAAGUGGCUGAAGAAGGAGCCAGGGGCCUUUGACUGGUCCCCAGUGGUGACCUAUGUGUGUGAGCUCGAAGGGAACAGAGUCAAGGGAACGGAAAAGGAGGAGAAGCUGAGGCGGGCGGUCAAGCGGGUCCUGAAGUGUGACGUCACGCAGAGCUGGCCACUGGGUGCCGUCCCCCUGCCUCCGGCUGACUGUCUGCUCAGCACACUGUGCCUCCAUGCUGCCUGCCCGGACCUGCCCACCUACCGCACUGCCCUCGGGAACCUGCGCAGCCUGCUGAAGCCGGGGGGCUUCCUGGUGCUCGUGGACGCCCUGAAGAGCAGCUACUACAUGAUUGGGGAGCAGAGGUUCUCCAGCCUCUGUCUGGGCCGGGAGGCCGUGGAGGCUGCCGUGAGAGAGGCUGGCUAUACCAUCGAACACUUCGAAGUGAUCUCCCAAAGUUAUUCUUCCACCAUGGCCAACAAUGAAGGGCUUUUCUCCUUGGUGGGGCGGAAACUGAGCCCAUGUGUAUGA